UGUCGCAAAUAUCCAUUUUAUUUAUUGUGUUAUUUAUGGAGUCAUAAUUUAAACUUUAAAGAUGAAAAGCUCCAACUACGCAUCCGCACGAUCCUGGCAACUUGAAUUUUUCAAUGGCGAAAGGGAAGGUGUAGUCUUUUGGGUUGUAGACCAAGAAGCGAUGGAAAAUAUUUUUCUGGACGCAUUUGGACUCGUAGCAGGACGGGACCAAGGGGCAAGUGGUUCCCACGACCACGUCGCAUUCUUCAAUUCGAGCGGUUUGCGUGUACUUGAUGCCGUAAGACUCGACGCCGUUGACGAUGGUGCGCCAAUUGCCGUCGACGUUGAUGGCCCGGAAAGGACGGACGUAAUCGGUGGAACUUGGGCAAAGUUAUGCAUCAGUGCCAUCUUGCUUGCUGGAGUGUUUGCCGAUCCAGAGGCAGCUGCUGAGCCCCAACAAUAUCCCAAACCAGCCUAUCCAGCAGCUUAUGGCCAGAAGUACAACAAUUACUGCAACCCGCGAAAGGCACCAACCUGCGCCAAAACCGGCACUGAAACUUUUUGUCUGAAAGACACCGAAUACCCAGAGAAAGAAGUCAAGUAUGCCAUCGAUUACGACCCAUUGGUGUUGAAGAAAUACGCCGAUUUUGCCGAUCAGUCGGCCGAUAAUUUGGUCGAUGGACUGACCUCUUUGGCUGAGACGCACUUCGACUACUCCAACUACAAAGGGAAAUUCUUCGAGAAGGGCCACUGGUCUGGUGACGAGGGAUACAUCUGCCCUAGCGACGUUGUUUAUGCUCGCCCACUCCGAGCAGUGAAUGUCGAUGGAGAAUGGCGGGUCAUCGUCCAAGAAAACGCCUGGCCCGGAUACACCCAGACUCAACGCGUCGAAACUUGUUUGUUCCCCGGUGCAUCUUGUCGCACCUUGGCCCCUUGUUUCGGCAGCAAAUGUCUGCAAAAAUAUGUUUACCAGCGGAUGCUUUCCUUCGAUCCUUGCGAUCCCCAGAAGGGAAUCUUCAUCGACAUCUACAAGUUGCCAUCGGCCUGCUCUUGCCACAUUCCCGGUAAACUGCACUGACUAAAUUAAAUUUUCCAAAUGAAAUUCCAUCGUGAUGUUCAUUUUAUUUAAAACUGUCAUGUGGUACUUACGAUGAUAACUUAACUAACACCUGUCUUAAAAUAACAUAACUUGAAUCUA